AGCUGAACCAGGAAACAGGAAAUCAUGAAAAAAGAAAGAAGCUGUGUGGCGAUGGCAGUUCUUCAUGUCUACAGCAAGUGUGUGUAACGACCAACAGCACCAAGACCACUGGGAAAUGACUCCGGCACGGACACUUCUGCUCCUGGCACUGACAGCCAGCUUGGCUGGGAGAGUGCAUUGUCAGGAACUAGAGGAUGAAUCCACAGUGGAUGACGUGGCUGAUGAGGGCCAAACCGAGGCUCCAGAAACAGAGAGGACGCAGCAACCUGCCACAACCGUGGAUGAUUUAGGUGAAGAUGAGGAAACCAUAGAGUCGUCAUCUGGAUGGCAGCAAGGAUCUGAAAGAGAAUUUGAGCCAGCGGAACCUACGGAAGAGGACAGUGGCGAUCGCACAGAGAUGACACUAGUAGAGAGUCUGAGCCCGACCAUCAUCAUCAUUCCCCUGGUGCUGGUGCUGAUCAUCAUCUGCAUGGUGGUGGCAGGAGUGAUGAUAUCCCGCCGAUUGAGAAGCAAAGCUUCUGGUUCCGUUUCGGUGCAACAUGAUGCAUACCUCGAUGCGUGUGAGGGGGAAAAGGUGCCAAUGCCAAUGUUUGAAGAUGAUGUUCCCUCUGUGCUGGAGCUGGAGAUGGAGGACUUGGAGAAAUGGAUGGUGAAAGAUGGUGGUGGCAGCAAUUUGACCUCAGGGCCAGCAUAGCUGGAGAGAAUGGGGAGAAUCGGGGAAAGAAGGGAUGGAGCUUGUGCCUAUCUAUCAACCUCCUAGACCAGCUCUGUGGACACGUAGCACCCAGGCAAUACCCCUUAUAAAAACACCAAAACACCAAACACAGGGACCCCAGUCAACAGGCACCAGCUCACGUGGAGCCCUUUGCACCAAUGUACAGCAGGGUGUGUACCUCUUGGAGAGUGUGAUGUGACAAUAACCCUCCCUCAUCAAUGUAGUCUAAUUGUGUCCUGGUCACAUUUCCUCUGAACACGUUCAUUUUUGUUAGGCUCACAAUUGUCUCUGUGACAUAUUAUUUCAUUCAAAUUCUAUGCAAAUGAAUUUUUACUCACCACUGAUAAUCUACUGUACAUUAGUGUGGUGGAAAGUUUCAAAGGCUGAACAGGGAAGGACUGGAAGCAAAUGCAACAGAUGUCGUGACUGCUACUGUGUGAGGCGCCUGUGCCAUAGCACAAAUACACCUAACCACUACAUCACUGUCUGAGACCUAUUUGGACAUACAUGUUUGAGCAAUGAUCUAAGAACAAGGCUUUGCUCUUCCAUGCAUGUACAUAUGACUGUGAUUAACAAAGAACUAUUGGUGUGAAGUCUAUUCUGCAGCUAGUUGGCAAUGAAUAAGCAAAAGUCUUUGCAAACAACAUAUCUCCCAAGUAAACAGGACACCUGGAGUUCCUGUUUCACCGUUUCAUUGGGUUUUUAGUUCAUUGUGUCAGCAUCACCUGUUUGCAAACUGUAACUGCAUUGUAUUCAUACUCUUAUUUAAGGAGAUGAAAAAAUCCAGCUCAAAACCUUAUUUAUGCUGAUAGAAUCCAAGCAUGAACAGAUAAAUAUUUGGUUUAGCUGGAGCCAAUUGAUGUAAAUACUGAGAAAAUAUAAAGUAUUCUAACAUGUGUGGUUUUUUAUUGCUUAACAGGGUGUUUUUUUCUUUGUUUUUGGUUGCACUUUUGUAUUUGAAUACCCUGUAUUGCAUAAUGUUAUCACAUAUGGAGGUCUGCUUUCGAAAUUUAAAUUAAAUGAGUGAAAAUAUG